GGCGUUGCUAUAAUUACACGUGCAAUUGCAAUAGAUGCAUUGUAGAGUAUUAUCUCUUUCUGCUGUUGUAUUUUAAUCCUGAUCUGCAGCAUUUAUCUUCUUUCGUAAAAAAUAUGCAUUUGCAAGGCAAGAAAAACGGAACGAGCGUGAAUUGAAUAUGUUUUCAUAAACUUUGAAUUUCUUUUAUUUUCAAAAGCAUACAAAAAUUAAAAGGAUUUGUUAAAGUAGUUGAAGGCUAUAAAAGAAAAUGCCAUUUUCUUCACCAUCAGAACUGGUUCAGUUCAAAAACUGUUUUAUUCUUCGAGAUCAUCAAAUCAUCAGAGAAGAUCUUUGGGUUAGAGAUAAAAAAAUCAUCAAUCCUGAGCCAAUUUUCUUUGAUGAGAAAAUCAUUGCAGAUGUUCAGAUAAACUGUAAUGGUGCCAUAAUUGCACCUGGUUACAUUGAUUUGCAAAUAAAUGGUGGUUUCAGUAUUGAUUUUUCACACAAUAUAGAAAACAUUGAAAAUGGAAUUGAUCAAGUUGCUAAUGGAAUUUUAGCAUAUGGCGUUACCUCAUUUUGUCCUACCCUUAUUACUUCCAGUCCUCAAAAAUAUCAUAAGAUUAUUCCAAAAAUACGAAAGAGAGAUGGUACAAGUCUAGGAGCUGGAAUUUUGGGUAUUCAUGUGGAAGGGCCUUUCAUUAGCAGAGAGAAGAAAGGUGCUCAUCCAGUUCAGUACAUCAGAUCAUUUGAAUCAGGAUUCCAAGAAGUAAUUGAUGUAUACGGGCAAUUGGAUGAUAUCUGUAUGGUUACUAUAGCACCAGAAUUAGAUCCAGAUGGACAAAUAAUUAAAGAAUUUAAUGAAAGAGGAAUUUCAGUAUCAAUUGGUCAUUCUGUGGCAAGUUUGAAAGAAGGAGAAAAUGCAUUCAGAGCAGGAGCCUCUUUUAUUACUCAUUUAUUCAAUGCUAUGUUACCUUUUCACCAUAGAGAUCCAGGCUUGGUUGGCUUGCUUACUUCCAAAAAACUCCCUCCUGGAAAACAGGUAUUCUACGGAAUCAUUGCAGAUGGAAUACAUACUCAUCCAGCCACAUUAAGAAUUGCCUAUAAAACUCAUCCUGAAGGAUUAGUUCUGGUGACAGAUGCCAUGUCAGCAAUGGGUCUCGAGGCAGGAACUCAUUACAUUGGCGAUCAAAAAGUUGACAUCAGAGACAAUUGUGCUGUUAUUGCUGGUACUAAUACAUUGGCAGGAAGUAUUAGUACCAUGGAUAACUGUGUGAGAUAUUUGAAAGAGGCAACAGGAUGUUCGACUGUCGAAGCUUUAGAAUCUGCUAGUCUGCAUCCGGCCCAAGUUCUUGGGAUUACAAAGUCCAAAGGCACCCUAGAUUUUGGUAGCGAUGCCGAUUUUAUAUUGUUAGACAAUGAUUUAAAAGUCGUCUGUACUUACAUAGCUGGAGAAUGCGUGUGGGAAAGUGAAAAGUCCAGAUGUGCGGUGAAGAGAAUAAUUCCAUGAUUUGACAUUGCAUCUAAUACAGAGUUUUAUAGUAAAGAUUUUGGGGCAUGUUCAGUUUUUUUUUAAUUGAUUAAAAACAAAUUUUGUAUAAAAAUCAGAGUUUAAUGUAAAAAUAAAUGGCUUAUAUUUAAUGGAGAUGUUAGCCUUAAAGCGAUGGGACCAUAAAUAUCUAAAUAUUACAUGGAAACAUACAGGAUAUGUGAUGAUUGAAUGUAAAUAAGUUAUCGUAAGAACGUAGAAUGUAUAUGUAUUGUAUUAUUAUCUCCUUUGGUCUUUGAUUUUAUGUAUAUAAGUUAGUGCAAUUGGGAAAUAUGCACUGUGGAAUAGUAAAAUAAGUACAAUAUUUAUGUAUUAAACUGCAUUGAACCACACAA